AUGGCCUGCAUCAUCGCCAUCGCUCCUCGCGUCUUCACGCGCAGCCUACAACAUGUUCCACGCCGGCGAAUCGUCCCGCAGCUCCAAUGCCUCCACCAGCGACGACGGGUAGCCACAUACACCAGCCCACACCAAGCGUCACAGAUCUCGAUCAUACAGACUGCAGUAGAUCAGAACAGUCAUGGCUACCAAGAGAAUGCCGCGGCGAUGAAGGUGUACAUGGACAACCUGACGGCAUUGCACGAAGCGGCAGCCAAGGGAGGGCCCGAGAAGUCCCGGUCGAAACAUGUAGAGAGGGGCAAGCUGCUUGUAAGAGAUCGCAUCACAGCUCUGAUCGAUCCAGGCACGAGCUUUCUCGAGCUAAGUGCAUUGGCCGGGCAUGAUCUAUAUCCUGGUGAAGACGUGCCGGCUGGAGGCAUCGUGACGGGUGUCGGGACAGUCGAAGGUGUGCAGUGUAUGAUAUUGGGAAACGAUAGCACUGUCAAAGGUGGCUCCUACUACCCGAUCACCAUUAAGAAGCACAUUCGCGCCCAGGAAAUCGCCCAACAGAACCGCCUACCAUGCAUAUACCUUGUCGACUCUGGAGGCGCCAAUCUUCCAAAGCAGGCCGAUGUCUUCCCAGAUCGGGAUCACUUUGGUCGCUUCUUCUACAACCAGGCCAACAUGUCCGCCCAGGGCAUCCCACAAAUUUCAGUCGUCAUGGGUUCCUGCACAGCGGGCGGUGCUUACGUCCCUAGCAUGUCCGAUGAAUCAAUCAUCGUCCAAGAGCAAGGCACCAUCUUCCUUGCGGGUCCACCUCUAGUCAAAGCCGCAACAGGCGAAGAAGUCAGCGCAGAAGAGCUUGGAGGUGGCAAACUGCACACCGAAACGUCAGGCGUCACGGACUACCUUGCUGUAGACGACGCCCACGCCCUCAUCAUCGCUCGCCGCUGCAUCUCCAACCUCAACUACCCCACGACUCCCAACCCAAGCCGCAAACAAGACUGGAAAGAGCCCGUCCACGACCCAUCAGAACUUCCUGGCAUAGUCGGCACAAACUUAAAGCAAAGCAUACCCAUGCACGAAGUCAUCGCCCGCAUCGUGGAUGGCUCCGAGUUCAGCGAGUUCAAACCCUCAUACGGCAAGACCCUCCUCACCGGCUUCGCGACAAUCUACGGCCACCCCGUCGGCAUCAUCGCGAAUCAGGGAAUUCUCUUCUCGGAGUCUUCGCUGAAGGGAGCGCAUUUCAUCCAACUCUGCUGCCAACGCAACAUUCCCCUCAUCUUCCUCCAAAACAUUUCUGGUUUCAUGGUCGGUGCAGAUGCAGAAGCUGGCGGUAUCGCGAAGAAUGGUGCGAAGCUCGUCACAGCCGUGGCUUGUGCUUCUGUGCCGAAGUUCACCGUCCUCGUCGGAUCAUCGGCAGGUGCCGGUAACUAUGGAAUGUGUGGCAGAGCGUACUCUCCGAGGUUCUUGUGGAGUUGGCCCAGUGCGAAGACGUCAGUCAUGGGCGCUGAACAACUCUCGAGUGUUAUGGAGGCGGUGGGGAAGAAGGUGGAUCCCGAGCUGAAAGCCAGAAUUGCAAGAGAGUCGGAAGUGUACUUUGGAACUGCGAGACUCUGGGAUGACGGAGUCAUUCCACCUGAACAUACCAGGCGAGUGCUAGGCAUGGGUCUACAGGCCGCGUUGGAAGGGAGUGUCGAGAAGAAGGAGACGAAGUUUGGGGUGUUUAGGAUGUAG